CAUGAACAUAUACAGACACAGACACAGACAUACCCUCUCACUCAUCCACACAUUCACAGACAGUCAGAAAGACAGAAAGACAGAAUCCAAUGCCAAUAUACCUCCACCUACUCCUCCUCCUCCUCACCACCCUACUCCCCACCCAAGCCCUAACAUGGCACUCCCUCCUCUACGACACCGGCCUACUAGGCGCCCACCCCGUCCGAAAAUACGAAUCCGUCGACCUCGCCCCUCCAGAGCUCAACAUGCUCGCCUGGGACCCGCGCUGCGAAGACAAGUACGUCUUCUUCAGUCCGCGGGGCCAUUUCUACCCGCAGCCGGGGCCGCUCAUCUUCGACAAUAAGGGGGAGCUGGUGUGGAUGGCGAGUCAGUUCGGCAUGGUCAUGGACUUUCGGGUGCAGCGGUAUCGGGGCGAGGAUUAUUUGACGUUUUGGGCUGGGGAGGACGAUGGGACGAGGGGGUUGGGGGCGUAUUAUAUGCUCGACUCAACCUACACCCCAACCCACACCAUAACCGCCGCCAACCACCAAGCUGGCGACAUCCACGAAUUCCAGCUCACAGACGCCGGCACAGCGCUAAUAACCAUCUACGAGAUCCGGGCCUUCGACCUGACGCCACUCGACGGGCCCGCAGACGGGUGGAUCUACGACUGUCUCUUCCAAGAGGUCGACGUCGAGAGCGGCGCGCUGCUCUUCUCCUGGCGCGCCAGCGACCACUACAACAUCACGGAGAGCUUCUUCCCGCUCAACGGCAAGGGGACGGCGAACUCGAGCGACGCCGCGUACGACUUCUUCCACAUCAACAGCGUGGACAAGCUCUCCGACGGCCGGUAUCUGGUGUCGUCGCGGUACAUGCACACGGUGACCUGCAUCGGGCCCGAGGGCGAGGUGUUGUGGGUGCUGGGCGGGCGCCGGAACAUGUUUGAGGAUUUGUCCGGCGAGGGGCUGGCGACGGGGUUCAAGUGGCAGCAUGAUGCGAAGUGGGUUCCUGGGGAUACGGGCGAUGUGAUUACGGUGUUGGAUAAUGGGGCUAAUGACCAUGUUAUGGAUGAGGAGUAUAGUCGUGGGUUGGUGGUUGAGCUGGAUGUGGGGAAGUGGACGGCGAAGGUCAGGACCGUGUACCCGGCGCCGGGGCGCUUCAGUGCCCAUUCGCAGGGCAAUGUGCAGGUGCUGCAGGAGUCUGGGAAUGUGUUUGUUGGCUGGGGGAAGGCUGCCGCGUAUACGGAGUUCAGUGCCCGUGGGGACGUGCUGUGUCAUACGCAUUGGGGCCCGCGGAUGUUCUUUGCGCUGGGCUGGGUCAAGUCGUAUCGCACGUAUAAGGCGGGCUGGGUUGGGAGGCCCGGCCAGCCGCCGGAUGUGGCGGUUGAUCGGGACUCGGGGAUGGUGUUUGUGAGCUGGAAUGGGGCGACCGAUGUGGUCGGGUGGGUUGUGCAGAGGGUGUGGGAGAAUGCUACGGAGGAGCAGGGCGAGACGGUGGAGUAUGUGCCCAAGACGGGGUUUGAGACGGCCAUUGAGAUGGGCGAGGCGGAUGGGUACUGGAGGUUGGUUGCGGUGGACUUCACGGGUGAGGAAUUGGGCUCGACGGAGGUGUUUCGGCUGGAUGAUUCGGAGACUGGGAUUCUCAUUGCGGGAGAUGAAGGCCUGCUGUAUAUGCUGGUCCCUGCUUGUGCUGUCGGAGCUAUACUAGCUGGUCUAUGGCAGACCAGGAAGAGGAUCUCAAUGGGGCUGCGUUAUCUUGCUUCUCGACGGCUCUAUUGAUACGGUCGAUUAUAGCUUAUUGUUUGGUUUGUUUAUCUGAUACCCUACAU